AUGGUACACCUUGUUUAUCCUAAUGUGUUUACAAUACAACUUACACUAACGGGUGCAACACAGUUCCACACUAACCUGGAGUAUCAGCGGCAGCAGCUGCUGCAGGACAGGCAAGCGUUCCACUUGGAGCAGAUACGAGCCGCGGAGUUCAAGGCCAGGCAGCAAGCGCAGGCCCAGGCCAUCGCAUCCGGACAAAUGCCGGCACCACAGGUGCAACAGCAGCCACAGCAGAAAGAGACGCCGCCUGGCAGCUCUCCCAUGCCUCAAUCAGGCACCCAGCCCCUACAGCAACAGCCAUCUCCCGCACCACAGCAGUCCUCACCACAGCCGCAGGUGCAGGCGUCGCAGCCCGCGGCAGCUUCAACCGCACUAGAACCAGCUUGCCUGACAUCCGUGGCAGCGCAGAACCCUGCACUAGUAGCGGCAAUGCGGGGUGAACCUGCCCCUGGGCCUGGAACCCCUCCCCCCAGCGUCACCACGCCUCCGCCACCCCUGAAGCAGACUGCCCCGCCUUCCUGUCUGCCCGAGCCGCAUCCUACAGGCGCCGCGCCGCCGUCCGCGGGCCCGGAGCCGUGUGUCCAGCCCCUGCCGUCCGCCCCUCCCGCUCCCGCGUCGCAGCCGCCGGCUCGGUCGCCGCCCGUCGUCACGCCGACGACGACAACGAGCGAAGUGCCGCCGCCGCCGGUGAGCCAGCAGCUGCAGCCCAGCGUGAAGCCCCCGCCCACAUCGCAGCCGCUCCCGCCCACGCCCGCAUCGCAGCAGCCGCCGCCGAGCGCGAGUCAUCAGUACCAGCCCCAGCCUCCUGCCGUGCCGCCGCCGCCAACUCAGCAGCAUCCCGGCCAGCAGCACCAUCCAGCAGUAUCAUCGUCCGGCCAACCUCCGCACGCAGCGCAACAGUUCCCGCCCCCUGUGCAAGCUCCACCAGCUAGCCAACAGUUCCCGCCUUCUGCCCCCUCCCCACCCACUAGCCAACAGUGCCAGUCUCCUGGACAAGCCCCACCAACUAGCCAACACUACCAGCCUCCUGGACAAGCCCCACCAACUAGCCAACACUACCAGCCUCCUGGACAGGCCCCACCCACUAGCCAACACUUCCAGCCUUCUGGUCAAGGCCCACCCACAGGUCAACAGUACCCACCCCCUGGACAAGCCCUGCCCACAAGACAGCAGUUCCAACCCCCUGGCCAAGUUCCUACCACAAGCCAACACUUCCAGCCUCCUGGACAGGCCCCACCCACUAGCCAACACUACCAGCCAUCUGGACAAGCCCUAUCCACAAGUCAACAAUUCCAGCCACCUGGACAAUCCCUGCCCACAAGACAGCAGUUCCAACCUCCUGGCCAAGUUCCUCCCACAAGCCAACACUUCCAGCCCCCUGGGCAGGCCCCACCCAGUAGCCAACACUUCCAGCCUCCUGGUCAAGGCCCACCCACAAGCCAACAGUACCCACCCCAUGGACAAGCCCUACCCACGAGCCAACUGUACCAGCCCUCUGGCCAAGGCCCACCCACAAGCCAAUACCAACCUACUGGACAAACUCCACUGAUGGCAAAUCUGCCUGGACAGCAGUUCCAUCCUGGAUCCAAACCACCUUCGCUGGUGAGAACACCCCAACUGCCACCAGGUGCAUCCUCUCAGCAGUCGUCUCUCCCGCCACACGCUGCUCCCAUGCCCUUCCCUGAAUACGGUUCGGCGCAACCCCCGCUGGGUGGGGCACAGCCGUGGGCUCCACCCCAGUCUCAGCCUGUUCCCCCGCAGGCAAGGUACCAGUUCUCUCCGCCCCCCGUGCCGCAGCCUGCCACAUCCCCGCACAUGUUGUCUCCUUCCCCUCCCUCCUCCUCCUCCUCCUCGCAGCCUAGCAUGGAGAGCUCUCAUCCCGACAACGUGCAUCCGGGUCCAAACACGAUCCCCCAGGCUCAGGCCCCAUCCCAACAAGAGGCGACGCCCCAGCUGGUGGCGCCCUCACAGCAGCUUACGGCAGAACAGGCGGGCAAGGCUGAUGUGAGUUCCCCAUGUGAGAUGAAGCCAGGUGAAAGCGACACCAGUGAGGGAACGCCAGCGCAGCCUCCGUCGCAGUGAGCGAGAGCGGGAGAUGGCGCUACCGUCACCGCCGCCAGCCGCGUGGUAUUCACACAGUAGAGACGGUCGUUCACGUUGGGGAAACCAAUGUGUCGGCGUCGGAGGCACACCUUCGCGUCCCCCGCGGCGUCAUGGCGGCGCGAGAUGUCAGCAGUCGCCCCACUGCGCACAAAGGCCGUGCUGCAAAGGAUGCCCCGUCGUUAGUCGGACUCCUCUCUCUCUCGACCGGUGACGAUCGCUCAGGGUUGUGCCUCGGCCGCGUGUGUAGUCGCCCGUUGUCACGCAGUUAGAUGCGCGAAACCCCUCGAGCGGUUAACGCACGGAGGCGCAUUUCCUAGAGUGAAGUUUUGAGGGGCGGAAAACGACAAAAGAACAUUCGUCACGAGUGGAGCCGGAGACGCGACAACCUUGUGUGUUGGGGGGGGGGGAAGAGAGUUGGGGGGAGGUGGCGAUCAUUCGGAGAAAAAACGCUAUAUUUAUUUGCUUCUCGUUUAGGCUUGCAUUAGGAACAAGCUCACCUGUAUGAACGUCAUAUAUAUAUAUAUAUCGUAGAUAUAAGAAUAUUGUGCGUUGAUAACCAUCAGUGUUGUGGAGCUCCUAUAGGGGGUCUCUCCUGUUCGUAACUUUGUAUAUUGUACAUAUUUCAAAUCAACCUGGUCACUCUGAGAGCAGGUUCAGUAAUUAACAUGUCUUGUGUAAGAAGUCACAUUCAUGGCCUUUAAUUAAAGUAAAUUCUUUCGGUAAAAUUCCAAAUAAGGUCAGACAUAGAAUAUGAUUAUUUCAUAUUGAGAGAAAAGUUAAUAAUAUAGGUACCACUUGUCAUGGAAGUUUUGUCAACUAAAGUCUGAACAUUUAAAGUUCUUCUAAGAUGAGAAUCAGUGCUGGUCAAUUAUCAAUAUAUUUUGUAAAGUCACGUUAAGAAAGUGACGGGAAACUGUGCGAUACAUUUCAAGUGCACAUAGUAUCAGAAGUAGAUAAUAGGGAAUUCUACUUCUGAUAGUAUGUAAUGUGUAACUUUAUGUAGACUAUAUAGUUAGAUCACCUAUGGGAGUCACUAUAUCCAAUGUGGAUACAGCGUUAGGCGUAUAUUACAUGUUAUUAUACUAUUACUAUAUUUACAGGUUAAUAUUCUGUUUCCAAGACACUUAGACACAUCAUGAAAUGAAAUAAUGUCAAGUUAAUCAAAAGACUCAUGUCAAAUGGCAAUUAAGAGCAAUAUUGAGAAAUUCCCAUCUACUGUUCAUUGUCAGCUGGCUCCCCCUUUACAAUAAAUAUAGGUGUAGUGUAUCCCAUCAGUUUAUUUUAUAUUGGCAUAUAAACCUAUCAGCACAGAAUAAACAUUUUGUAUUAUA